AUGCUAGAGCUGAAGAAGAGAGUAGGCGAUUUCCUUCAGGAGAAACAGACUGAUAUUUCGGAUCUAGUACAAGCUUAUUCUGAUGAAAAAUAUCCUGCUUGGAAUCGUGGCUCUUUGGCUAAAAAAAUCGAUUCUUCAAUCACCAGACGAUUAGCCACUUACUCAAGAAAAAGUUUAACUUUGGCAUUGCUGAAUGGUGAAAUUUGGAGAGGUUCUUUACGCAGUCAUCCUGAAGAAAUGGAAACAUUAAAGAAAAACGCAAGAAAUGUUUUUUAA